GACAACUCUUAAACUCAUUGUCUCCAGACAUUAAUAAAUUAUAAAGAUAACAUUGACUUUUAAUGAGCACUCUCACCUGGAUCUGUGCAAGUUCCAUCUUGCAUAUGAACAUAACUUUUGGAGUAAUUUGGCCUCAUCGGUUUUGUUUUCAGGUCUUGAACAAAGCUCUACUGUUGAAAUACAGAGAUUGAAUCCCAAAGCUUUUUAAUGGCAGAUUAUUCCCAAAACUCAAAAUGGAAGUAUCAUGUUUUCUUGAGUUUUAGGGGAGUUGACACCCGCUUAGCGUUCACCGAUCACUUAUAUGCAGCUUUGGUACGCAAAAGCAUAAUAACUUUCAGAGAUGAUGAAGAAUUACCCAGGGGUGAAGUCAUCUCAGAAAAACUUGGGCACGCAAUUGAGCAGUCUCUUUCAGCAAUUGUCAUAAUCUCCAAAAACUAUGCUUCUUCAGCUUGGUGUUUGGAUGAGUUACUCAAGAUUCUUCAGUCCAAACAUUUGUUGGGACAACAAGUAUUUCCAAUCUUCUAUGGUGUGCAUCCCUCUGAUGUACGGAACCAGAGAGGAAGUAUUGCAGAAGCUUUUUGGAAACAUGAAGAAAAAUAUAAUGAAAACAAAGAGAAGGUGCAAAACUGGAGAGAUGCAUUAAGAGAAGUUGCCAACUUGUCAGGGUGGGAAUCUAAGGAUCAACAUGAAACAGAACUCAUUGAAGAAGUUGUUUCACAGGUGUGGAAAAAACUAGAACUCAAAUUCCCAGCAUAUAAUGAUGGACUGGUUGCAAUUGACACAAGAUUACAAGAUUUAUUUUCAACGCUGAAGCUAGGAUUGGAGGAUGUGCGUUUCAUAGGGAUAUGGGGCAUGGGUGGUAUAGGUAAAACAACUCUUGCCACAGCUCUCUUCAAGAAAAUUAGAAGCCAUUUUGAUGUUAGUUGCUUUAUUGCCAAUGUUAGAGAGGCCUCUGGGGAAAGAAACCAAGGUCUGCUACAGUUACAAAAUAAAAUUCUUUCUAAACUAGACAUAAAAGGAAUGGUAAUCGAUACUUUAAGCGAAGGAAAGGACAGCUUGAGAAACCUCUUAUCCAACAAAAAAGUUCUACUUGUUCUUGAUGAUGUAAGUUCUAAAAUCCACCUUGAGAAUUUGGCUGGAAACCAAGAAUGGUUUGGUCAAGGGAGUAGAAUUAUCGUCACAACUAGGGAUAAGCACCUGCUAAUAUCACAUGUAGUGUUGUUUGAAAUGUAUGAGAGUAAAAUCUUAAAUAGAAGUGAAUCCCUUCAACUUUUUUGUGAGAAGGCAUUUAAAGAAAACAAACCUAAAGAGGAUUAUUUGAAGUUGUCUCAAAGUGUAGUUGAAUAUGCUGGAGGCCUUCCCUUGGCUCUUGAAGUGUUGGGUUCUUUUCUUUGUGGAAGAAGUUUAUGUGAUUGGAAAGAUGCAUUGAUCAAGAUUAAGAAAGUUCCACAUGAUGAUAUCCUGGACAAACUAAGAAUAAGUUAUGACAUGUUAGAAGAUGAGCACAAGACCAUAUUCCUUGAUAUUGCCUGUUUUUUUAAGGGAUGGUACAAACAUAAAGUGAUACAAAUAUUGGAAAGUUGUGGCCUUCAUCCAACAGUUGGAAUAAAUGUUCUUAUUGAAAAAUCACUAUUAACUUUCGAUGGAAGAGUUAUUGGAAUGCAUGACAUGCUUGAAGAAAUGGGUAAAACCAUAGUUUUUCAAGAAUCUCCUAAUGAUCCUGGUAGGCGGACUAGAUUAUGGUCACUAGAUGAUAUUGAUCAAGUGCUGAGAAAAAAUAAGGGAACUGAAAUUGUCCAAGGUAUAGUUUUGAACUCAUCACCAUCUAAGCCAUACAAAGCACAUUGGGACCCUGAGGCCUUCUCAAGGAUGUGCAAUAUGAGAUUUCUCAUUGUAUUAUGUGACAUGCAUCUUCCUCUUGGUCUGAAAUGUCUUCCUAGCUCACUGAAAGUUCUUGUAUGGUGGGCAUAUCCGUUGAAUGCUCUACCACUUGAAGUUCAGCUAGAUGAGCUUGUGCACAUGCAAAUGAUCAAUAGUAAAAUUAGACAACUAUGGAAUGGAACUCAGUGUUUUGGAAAGCUGAAAGUAAUUGAUUUGAGUAAUUCCAAGUAUCUACGUCAAACUCCGAAUAUCUCAGGAGUUCCGUGUCUUGAAGAGUUGUAUCUUAAUGAUUGUACAACACUUGUUGAAGUUCACCAAUCUAUUGGACAACACAAAAAGCUCAUGAUAUUGCAUAUGAUGGGAUGUAUAAAUCUCAAAACCUUUCCAAACAAAUUGGAAAUGUGUUCACUGAAAACUUUCUAUCUUUCUAAUUGCCUAACAGUUCAAAGACUUCCUGAUUUUGGGGAAAACAUGACAUCAGUUUCAGUGCUUAAUUUAAUGAAUUGCAAAAAUCUUUUAGGCCUUCCGAACAGCAUUAGUAACCUGAAGUCUCUCAGAGUUCUCAAUAUAUCUGGAUGCUCAAAGGUUUUACACCUGCCAGAUAAUUUAAAUCAGAACAAGGCUCUGGAGGAUCUUGACUUGAGUAGAACUGCUAUUACAAAAUUAGAUCCAUUCCUACUUCAGUUAGGGAAUCUCAAAAGGUUAUCUUGCAGUGAGUGUUGUUGGUCAUUAGCCAACCCCAUCAGGUCCACAGCCUUAACACUGCCUCCUUCUAUGUCAGGUUUUUCUGCAUUAGCUACUUUGGAUUUAAGUUAUUGCAAUCUCACUGAUUAUUCAAUUCCUCCUGAUAUCGAUUGCCUAUCAUCAUUGGAGAGACUAAUCCUAAGUGGGAACAAUUUUACACGCCUGCCUCACAACAUUGCUAAUCUUCCAAAGCUUUGUCUUCUUGAAUUGGAAAAUUGCCCACAGCUUCAGUCCUUACCGGUGCUUCCACCAAAUAAACGCUUAUAUGUAGAUUCAGAUACAGUGGAGGUUAAUUUGUUGGAUCAAGAAAAGAUAUGGAAGUUGUUUAAAUUAAGUGACCAAGUGCUCUCGCAGUCACCUGUAUCUCAAAUGCUUUAUUGUCACCCCCGCACUCCUGUGUACAUUAAAAUCCCACCGCGAUCUGAUGCUGAGAAUUUUUUUCCCGUGGACUCAUCAUUUGUGUCAAAACUUGAUUCAUUUGCAUCAGUGACAGUUGGCAUCCCAGAAGAUUGUUAUUCAAGUGAUUGGUGGGGAGUUGCUGUUUUGGUGGCGUUAGAUGCUGAAACUCCAGAUGAAGAUUCUAUGGCCAAAUACAUGCACUUGUAUUGGAGCUUUGACACUAUGGAUCCUGAAGAUGGACCCUCGCUAUCUCUGGCCUCAAGUUCAGAAGCAAAUAAUGACCUGUACCUGUUCACAAUGGUAGUGAGUGAUCACUUUAUAUACAUUAGAGAACACCUAAGGACAGAUCCAAAGUGGGCUCGGAAGUUCUUCAGCAAGCAUCGAAAGCCAGAGUUGAAGGAAAAGAGUUUGGUGCGUUUUGAAGUGGAUGUCGGAGGGUGCAAGAUAAGCAAGUGUGGGUGGCGCGUGUUGCGUAAGGAAGAUUGUCUUGAAGACUUUGAAAAAUUCUACAGCGGCCAACAUGGUAGGACGGGUGAAUUCAAGGGAAAGGAUGUUACUUCUCUGGAGGAGCAAACCACUGAAAGAUCCAAUGAUAACAACUCGAUGGUAAGCAGCGGCCAAUAUGUUGAGACUUGUUCUGAUUCUGAGCAUUCCGGUGGUCUGAGCAAACCAACUACGGAUGAAUUCAAGGGAGAGGAUGUUACUGCUUCCGAUAAGCGUAACAUUGAAAGAUCCAAUCUUACAUUGAAAGGGAAAUUGUUUCAGAGUAUUAGACAAGGACUUGGUUUAAGCAUUUUAGCUUUGAUGGCAACGAUGGUAGGGACUACAGUAUUCCUUUUGCCUAGGCAGGGUUUGGGAUUUAAACAGCACAUCGCAACAAAUGAGGACACUGCUAAACUAUCAAAAUCACAUUUGAUUUCCCAUGGAACUGCACUUCAGGUCAAUACACCACAAUUGCGGCAAAAUCAUAAAAAAAAUUCAAGCACACGAUUUUCUCUUUCAGUACUGCAUCCACCAAGAACACUAGGUUUUUCUCAGAAUCACUAUCCUUACUUUACUAGACGAGGGGCAUUAUGCCCUUUAUAGUUUUAUUCUUUUUCAAUAGUUACUUUUAGAUGAAAUUCUUUUUCAAUUGUUAAUAGAAUUUUAUUGUAAUAGAAUUUUAUACCGAAGCUCAUGUCAAUUUAAAAAAAAAAUCUAAUUAUCUGUUUUAUAUAUAGGGAUUCAAUUUA